AUGGCACCGUACAAGGCGUUAUAUAGUCGUAGGUGUCGUACUCCUACCUGUUGGACGGAACUUAGUGAGCGGCAAGUUUUGGGGCCCGAGUUAGUUUCUGAUAUUGAAGAUAAGGUAAAUUUAAUUCAAGAUCAAUUAAAAGAAGCAACUGAUAGGCAAAACUCUUAUGCAGACUUAAAGCGUAAAGGGAUCAAGUACUCUGUAGGGGAUUAUGUAUUCUUGAAGGUUUCACUAUGGAAGAAAAUUUUGAGAUUUGUACAGAAAGGCAAACUAAGCCCUAGAUUCAUCAGACCUUACCGAGUAUUAACGCUUGUGGGACUGGUCUCCUAUCAACUCGGGUUGUCUCCUGAGCUAGAUAGAAUUCAUGAUGUGUUCCACGUCUCCAUGUUGAGGCUAUAUCGCUCUGAUCGCUCACAUACAGUGCCAGUUGAGGAAAUUGAGAUUAGACCUGAUUUGAAUAUCGAGGAAGAACUGGUGCAAAUACUGGAUCAUGACAUUAAGGUAUUAAGGAGGAAAUCUAUUCCACUGGUCAAAGUGCUAUGGUGUAAUCACGAUUCAGAAGAAGCUAUGUAG